AUGGCCGCACGCCUGUACAGCGAGGUGUUGGCUUCGCGUUCUUCCGGACAGAGAUAUAAGGAGAGGCUUGACUCACUUCCCUGUUUGCUUCUACACUCCCUCACACCUAUUGCAAAGGAGAAAAGGCAACCUUACCACAUGAAGGCUCAAGCUUCCUACAUCCUCUUUACCGCUGCCCUGCUUGGCUUCGCCAAGGCGGGCUGGGAAGUUUCGACAAGGACUUUGAACUACGACGCUUUUUGCGGACGGAGACCUCAUCCGCCAGCACGUGUUGGAUAUGUUUGCUUCCAGACCAAGUUCAAUGCAGAGGGCUUCACUAGGGAAUCAGACUUCAGAGGCUUCCUCCAAUCUGGUAAACAAAACUUCGUUCUAUACGAUGGUAAUCCAACCACCAAGACAGCGGUCUGGGAGAGCAACAAUGCUCGCAUCACUGUCAUGUUCCAGCCUGGUUCGACCUGCGCAGCUGUGGACGUCCAAGACAGGCACGGGAAUGAUCUUCGUAAUAGCAUGUAUUGCGGAAAGGGGGGCCCGAUUUCCAUCGACCCUUGA